ACACACAAACACACACCCAAACUGUCUGUACAAGUGUGUAUAACCUGCAAACAAGAUGGCAGUUUUACUUGGUGGUAACAUGAUACCUUCACUUGGAGUCAGCGUCUUCAUCGCUAUUCUGAUCUACAUCACCUACAAGCUGCUCAGCAGUUACCUGCACAAAUGGUUUGAGAUGAAGCCUAUUCCCGAGUUGGGGGGGACAUACCCCUUCAUUGGAAAUGCACUGCAGUUCAAAACCAACGCAGGAGAUUUCUUCCGUCAAAUUGAGGAUUAUACCCGUGAGUUCUGUGAUGCGCCGCUGCUUAAACUCUGGAUUGGACCAGUGCCAUUUGUGAUUCUGUUUCAUGCUGAAACGGUUGAGACAGUUCUGUCUAACCCUGUUCAUAUGGACAAGGCUCAAGCAUACAAUUUCCUCCACCCGUGGCUUGGAACUGGUCUUCUCACCAGCACUGGGCGUAAGUGGCGUCAGCGGCGGAAGAUGUUGACUCCCACCUUCCACUUCUCCAUCCUGACAGACUUCUUGGAGGUGAUGAACGAGCAGGCGGAUAUCCUGGUGGAGAAGCUGGAGAAGCAGGCGGGGAAGGGUCCAUUCAACUGCUUCAGUCACAUCACCCUCUGCGCUCUGGACAUUAUCUGUGAAACCGCAAUGGGAAAGAAAAUUUAUGCCCAGAGCAACUCAGAAUCAGAAUAUGUUAAAAGUGUGUACAAAAUGAGCGACAUUAUCAGCCGCAGACAGAGGACACCUUGGUUUUGGCCUGACUUUGUGUACAACUACUUUGGUGAGGGCCGGGAGCAUGACAAGACACUUAAGGUUCUGCACUCCUUCACAUACAAUGUGAUACAUGAAAGAGCAGAAAAGAUUUCCGAUACGGAGUCAGACAGCGACUCUGAUCAAGGCACAAAGAAAAGACGGGCGUUUUUGGACAUGCUCCUGAAGACUACAGAUGAGAAUGGCAACACGAUGAGUCAUCAGGACAUUCAGGAGGAAGUGGACACCUUUAUGUUUAGGGGUCAUGAUACUACAGCCGCCUCUAUGAACUGGGCCAUACAUCUGCUGGGCUCCCACCCUGAGGCGCACGGCAAAGUUCAACAAGAGCUUCAGGAGGUGUUCGGUACAUCUGACCGGGCCAUUAACACUGAGGACCUGAAGAAGCUCAAAUACCUGGAGUGUGUGAUCAAAGAAGCCCUGCGACUCUUUCCCUCUGUGCCUUUCUUUGCCCGCAGAAUCUGUGAAGACUGCCAUAUCAACGGUUUCAAGGUUCCCGAAGGUGCCAAUGCAACCAUUAUCACGUACACUCUUCAUCGUGACCCACGGUACUUUCCUGAGCCUGAGGAGUUCAGGCCUGAACGUUUUCUACCAGAGAAUUCAGUAGGAAGGCCUCCAUACGCCUACCUCCCCUUCUCUGCUGGACUCCGCAACUGCAUAGGUCAGCGUUUUGCUCUGAUGGAGGAGAAGGUGAUCUUGGCGUCCAUUCUGCGGAACUUCAACGUUGAAGCUUGUCAGAAACGAGAGGAGCUGCGGCCGGUAGGAGAGCUCAUUCUGCGACCAGAGAAGGGCAUCUGGAUCACACUGGAAAAGAGGACUUGAUCAAAUUUAUGUUCCUUCAUGGUCUUUAUUUCCUGUUCAUCCUCCCAGACACUGAUGAUGGUGAACACGGUAAUGUUUUCUAGAUAAGAGGUCAUGGAGAGCAGUAGUCUUGUUUUUUUUUGUUUUCCAAUCAGAAACACAAAACUCAAAACUGAGUUUCCAUUUCACUUUAUUAGUUCUUCCAUUUAAUAUGCCGCAAUUGAGGGGUACACAAGUAAUGUAAUAUUGCACUUCCACAAAGAUCCCAGUAUCCAUCCACAGUUCCCAUUAAGGUGCAGUAGUUUUCCUCAUGGUGAAUAAACUUAUCUUGAUUCAUAACUUCUUUAACUUUUAGUAUUUCUGUAAGGAAUAGAAACACUCACACAUAACUCUAAAACUGUCAAAUACAUUACACUGAGCUCUUCUGAAAAACCUUUUGGUCAAAAAAUAAAGAAAUAAAAGCCUGACCUCUUGUCGCCCCGCAACUGGAACUCUUAUGAGAGAAACUUCAGGUUUAUGAUCAUAAAGCGCAAACACUCUUAACUCACUGAAUCACACUAAGGUCAGAAGGAUCCAUUGUAACAAAGUAAUCAUAGCAUGACACAGUUACAAAUGACCCCAUCCAUAAUGUCAUGGGAUGAUUUAACUGGCAUGCCUGCAAGGGUCAUUGCCUUACACCAAAAUGACAUGACUGAUGAUGAAUGACACGCUCUUUUCCGAUGCUAUUAUAUGAAUUAUUGAGCACAUCUCCAAUCAAUGGCUGGAUAGAGCUGAGGCGCCUCAGCUCCACAUGAAGCGGGAGGAAUUCAUUUAUCUGAGAAUCUCUAAUAAAUGGCUCGGAUAAAGGAGCGUUAGGUCAGAUCUGUUGUGUGACUACAGUGGGUGGCUUACAUGAGACUCAUUUCCAGGACUUUAAGCUUUUAUCAUGAGAUAUUUUAUAAUGAUAAAGCAUUCAUUUCACUUUGCUGAAAAAAUCUCUGUAAGUUCUCUGUAAAAAAUGUUCACAGUGAGCCAUAAUUAAAGUGUCUAAACAUUAUUAUAAAAAAAGACAAGGAUAGAGUUGAAUAAAUCUAAUGAGAAUUUAAUGAUAAUGAUUAAUACAGUUUGUCAGUACUGAUGCCUUCUGAACGUAUUCUUGAAAAGGUUGUAGAGAUAGACUUCAUAACCACAGCUGUUCAUUUUACUGAAUAUUUUUUAGAGUGUAAAAGAAAAGAAAUUAAAAUGGAAAAAAAGCUGAGGGUGCACAGAACUGA